AUGCAGCACGCGCGAAACUCGACCGGCGCGCUCGCGCGUGCGGCCCUCGCCGCCGGCGCGAGGCCGACGGGCGCGGGUCCCGCCAGAACCGACGCGAUGCUCGCGGCCGUGCGGGGCAUCGGACAGGUUGGAGUGCCCGAGAACUACGGGCAGGUGAAGGAUGGGCCCGGGACCAAGUUCCUCGGGACCCCGGCCAACCACAGAGAGCUCCUGGAGAAGCGGCCGCUGUCCCCCGACGUGUUCGACAUCGACGGCUCCUCCACCCACUACAAGUUCCCCGUCGUCGCGCUCAGCUCAAUCACCAACAGGGUCACCGGGUGCGUCCUCUCCGGCGCCGUGGCGUUCGGAGGGUCGCUCUGCGCGGUGGGAGGACCGGAGGCGCUGCCCGCGUUCAUCGAGGGGUUCAAGUCCACCGUGCCGUUCCUGGUGUUCCCCGCAAAGGCGCUCGUCGGGUUCCCGUUCGUCUACCACACCCUCGGCGGGUUCCGGCACAUCGUCUGGGACAAAACCACAAACGGCAUCGACAACGCGAGCGCUAAGGCCAGUUCCAUCGGUCUGUUCGCGGCGUCCGGGGCCGUCACCGCGGCGCUGGCGUCCUACACCUUCUGA